AUGGGGAGAGCUCCCUGCUGUGACAAAGCCAACGUGAAGAAAGGCCCAUGGUCACCGGAAGAAGACGCAAAACUGAAGGCCUAUAUUGAGAAGCGUGGCACGGGUGGAAACUGGAUUGCCUUACCACAAAAAAUGGGUCUGAAGAGAUGUGGGAAGAGUUGUAGGCUUAGAUGGUUGAAUUAUCUCAGGCCAAACCUCAAGCAUGGAGGGUUUACUGAGGAAGAAGAUAAUUUAAUUUGCAGCCUGUAUAUAAGCAUUGGAAGCAGAUGGUCGAUUAUAGCGGCGCAAUUACCUGGAAGAACAGAUAAUGACAUAAAAAACUAUUGGAAUACAAGGCUGAAGAAGAAGCUUCUAGGCAGGCAACGUAAAGAUCGACAGGCUUGCAGAGGGAUCUGCCCCAAGCAAGAAAUGAAGAAAGGAUAUGAGAAUUUCUCAGCUAAUGAGUGCUCCGGUUUCUACCCUUUUCCACCACAACCAGUGGUGUCGCCGCCCUUUUCAGUGGCCUGUGGAACACAAACAUCUACUCACAUAAAAAACCAACAGGAAUCCUUCACCGAUAAUUUGAUCGUGCAGUUUGGAAAAAGGUUUUCUUAUGAGAAUCAGCAACUAAACAACAUUGGAUUAAUCAACACCUCUACUCUAUACUCUUCCGAAAAUAACUUUUCGACAUGCACAAGUUUGAUAAAUAGCACAUGCCCACCAUUGAUGAGUGAUUACUAUGGUGUAACUUUAGACCAUUUUCAAGGAACUAAUAAGAUCCCCGGAGAGCUUGACGAUUUUGUCAUCAAUGGAAACAUUAAUCCACUACAAUUGCAUGGACUAGAGAAUUUCUCUACAUUAAUGGACGUGGUUACAAGCAACAGUACUUCUCAAGAAAGUUGUAGCUGGGGAGAUAUAAGUUCUCUACUUUACUCUUCUUCUAUCUCCACUCUUCAGUUAUGA